AGGAAGGAAAAAGAGGAGAGGCAGAGGGUUCAAAGCAGAGGAUUUACAUUGUCAUUUUCUUCUGAUUGGGACUAGAAAUUAACAUCCUUAUCUAUUAUCCAGAGGAAGUAAAAAAGACAGAGAAACAUGGAGUUGGUGGUAGAAAUGGGAGUUAAAAUCAGGAAAUGUGUGACCAUACCAAUCAGAACAAGUUACAGAUCAGUUUGUAAUCAUCCAUUUCUUGUGGUCAUGCUGCUUUUCUUGAUAUGUCUGCACAGAGUAUUUCCUUAUGUGUUUUCUCUUUUGGUGACUGCAUCCCCUGUUUUUGUCUGCUCUGCUGUUCUUCUUGGGACCCUUCUGAUUUUUGGCCAACCCAACAAUUUACCAGAAAUUGAAAAGGAACAGAAGAGUAGCCAUGAUAUUGCUUCUCUUAGAACCGGGGUUUCGAGGGAUGGCGUUGUUGUUGUUGAGAGAGAUGGGGGCUUUUCUUUUGAGAGAUUCUCAGGAAAGACAAGGGAGAUUGCAGACAGCAGUGAGGCUGAGGAUUAUGAUGGUGGUUCAGUUGCUUAUGUGCCACUUAUUGAUGAGAGUUUGCAGCACAAUCAGAGUGAGAGGAGAGCGGUUGAGGAUAUGGAAAGAGAAAUAGACAGUAAGGAGUUGGAAAGCCGGAGAAACAUUCAUAAAGAGAAAGUGAGGCGUCAAGGCAUGACAAGGGGUGUGGAGGCUUUUGAGAAGCAGCAUUCUUUGGUUCACAAGGUACGACAUGAGAACCGAGAGCGGUUUCGCAAGGGUGAUCACUUGGAGCCGUCUCUAAAUGGCAGUUGUGAUGAUGAUGCUGACGAUGAUGAGGGUUCAGAUACCAGGUCAGAUAGCGCGGAGAGUUCAUCACCAGAUGCAUCAAUGGCUGACAUCCUUCCCAUUCUUGAUGAGCUACACCCGCUUUUAGACUUAGAAGCUCCACAUCCUGCCCUUUUGUCCCAUGACGAGUCUGAUGCUGCUCAUUUGUCCCAUGAUGAGUCUGAUGCUGCGUCUAACAUGAGUAAUGAUGGCAGUAAUGAGACAUAUGAAGAUGUUCUCAACCAGCGUGGAGAAGUAGAAGAAUAUGGAGGUGAUGAGGAAGAAGCACAGGGUGGCAAGGAUGAUGAAAGCAAAUCUGCAAUCAAGUGGACAGAGGAUGACCAAAAGAAUGUCAUGGAUUUGAGGAAUUUGGAGCUUGAGAGGAACCAAUGGUUGGAGACUCUUAUUGCAAGAAGAAGAGCAACAAAAAGCUUCUGUUUAACAGCUGAGAAGAAUCUAAUUGAUUUAGAUAGUUCUGAUAAUCCUUUUAAUGUUACACCACUUUCAACAACAAGGCACAACCCAUUUGAUCCUUCAUAUGAUAGUUCCUAUGAGAGUAUGGGGUUACCACCCAUUCCGGGUUCUGCUCCAUCAAUUUUGUUGCCAAGAAGAAACCCUUUUCAUCUUCCUUAUGAGCCAAAUGAAGAAAAACCUGAUCUCAAGGGAGACCAUUUUGAACAAGGUUUUAUGACAUUUCACCCCAAGGACACGUUCUUCAGCAGGCAUGAAAGCUUCAGUUUGGGACCAUCAAGCUUCGGGGAUGCCAAGAAAGAGAGGCAAGAUUUUAAGUGGAGACCUGUUUUUGUACCGGAACAGUUGGGUUCAGAAGGAACAAGCUAUUCCUCUUUACAAAGACAAUCAAGUGAUGUUAGUGAUUCAAAGUUGAGUUCUACUGCUGAUACUGAAUCAGUGAGUUCUGCAGCAGAUAUGGAUGACAGGAAGUUCAGCGAGCAAGACUUUGCUAAAGAAGCAGAAGUGAUCUCCAACAUUUACCAUGCUUAUGAUCUGGUUGGCCAUGGAAGUCAAUCCUCUGAAGAUGUAGAUUCUCUAGAAAUGGAACGCGCUGGAAAAAGGGAAGCUCAACGUGAUGAGCUAGAAAUAAAAUUGGGCAAAGUGGAAAAUCUGGAACCGAGCUUGUCUGGUACGGGAGGGUCUAAUCCUGUGGAAAUAACGAAUGACAUUCGGUCGAAACCACGACCAUUUAAAGGGGACAACAGCAGUAGGUCAAGCUUGUCAUCAGUGUCAGAAAUUGAUGAAAGAUUUUCAGAUGUUAGGAAAGGUGGAACAACAAGUUUGGAGCCAAGAGGUGAUCAUGCUGCGGAGUUCGGGAUUUCACCACAACCUCCACUUGAAGAGUCAGAAAGCCAAUUUACGAGUGUGAUGAUGGAUGACAAUCAACAUAAGGAGCCAAUCUAUGAUUCAAGCCCUCCAGAAUCUGAGAAGGUCCUUUCCUUUGAUUCCAUUUCUUCUGAUAUGCAAGUUGAGAUAUCUAAACUGGUUCCACUUCCGGCAUCAGCUGGAAUGCGUGAUCCGGUAGAGCAGGAUUCUGAUUUGCAUGGUGAGAGCAGAGAGAAGGGUCCUUCAGAGGUAGAUGUCAAUCUCCCUAAGACUUUGGAUGUGAAGGCAGCUUCUUCAAAUUCUAGUUAUCAAAACGUUCCUUCCAAAGAAAAGCAACCAACAGAACAGGAAAAAGAUGUGUCCUGGUCAGAUAAACAACGUUUUGAUGACCAUAGUGCACUCCAUGAACCGGCUAUCAUCUUGCCAGAGCCCAAAAAGGAUUCAAGCACCAUUCAGGAUGUGAAUGUACUGGAAGUCCGUGAAGUUCAGGACAUGAAUUCUAAACCCACCUCAAGCAAGGAGAUUGCAUCAAGCACUAUCGAAUCUGGUUUUCAGAAACCUACCACUACUCAUAACGCUUUGAAGCAAGUCUCAGAAGGUAAUGUUGGCGAGCUUCCAAAACCAUCAGAUUCAAAGGAUGGUUCAAAAAAAUUAGAAACUAAUGCAGUGGGUACUACAAAUGAGAUUGCAUCAAGCAAUACAGGGUCUAGUGCUCAAGAAACUACCACUACUCAAUCUGCUCUGAAGGAAGUCUCUGAACGUAAUGUUAGUGAGCUGCCAAAGCAAUCAAAUUCAAAGGAUGGAUCAGAAAAAGUGGAAACUAUUGCAGUGGGUUCCAAAAAUGAGGCUGCAUCAAAUAUUACAGGGUCUGGUGUUCAAGAAGCUAUCACUAGUGAUAUUGCAAUGAAGCAAGUCUCAGAAGGUAAUGUUGGUGAACUGCCAAAGCCAUCAGAUUCAAAGAAUGGAUCAGCAAAAGUAGAAACUAAUGCAGUGAAAUCUAAGAAGCAUCUUUCAUCAAGCAGUACAGGAUCUGGUACUCCAGAAACUAUCACCAUUGAUCCUACUGUGAAGAAAGUUUCAGAAGGUAAUGUGGGUGAGCUGCCAAAACCAACAAACUCAAAGGAUGGAUUUGCAGAAGUAGGAACUAAUGCAGUGGGUUCUUCCAAGGAGAUUGCAUCAAGAAGUACAGGAUCAGAUGUUCAGGAAACCAUCAACACUUAUACUUCUUUGAAACAAGUCUCAGAAGGUAAUCUUGGUGAGGUACCAAAACAAUCAGAUUCAGAAGAUGGAUCGACCAAAAUAGAAACUAAUGCUGUGGGUUCUACCAAGGAGGUUGCAUCAAGCAAUGCAGGAUCUGGUGUUCAAGGAACUAUCACUACUCAUACAGCUUUGAAGCAAGUCUCAAAAGGAAAUGCUGCUGAGCUACCAAAACCAUCAGAUUCAAAAGAUGAAUCAGCAAAAACAGAAACUAAUGUUGUGGGUUCCACCAAGGUGGUUGCAUCAAGCAAUGCAGAAUCUGGAGUUCAAGAAACUAUCACUACUCAUUCGGGUUCGAAGCAAGUCUCAGAAAGUAAUGCUGGUGGGCUGUCAAAACCAGCAAAUUCAAAGGACGAAUCCAAAAAAGUAGGAAUUAGUGCGGUGGAUCCUACCAAGGAAAUUGCAUCAACCAUUACAAGAUCUAGUGUUCAUCAAUCUGUCACUACUGAUCCUGCUUUGAAACAAGUCUCAGAAGGCAAUGCUGGUGAGCUACCAAAACCAUCCGAUUCAAAAGAUGGAUUGACAAAAAUAGAAACUAAUGCUGCGGGUUCCACUGAGGAGGUUGCAUCAAGCAAUGCAGAAUAUGGAGUUCAAGAAACUAUCACUACUCAUUCCGGUUCGAAGCAAGUCUCAGACAGAAAUGUUGGUGAGUUGCCAACACCAUCGAAUUCAAAGGAUGGAUCUGAAAAAAUAGGACCUAAUGCAGUGGGUUCUACCAAGGAGAUUGCAUCAAACAAUACAGGAUCUAGUGCUGAUGAAACCAUCACUGCUCAUACCGCUUUGAAACAAGUCUCAGAAGGUAAUGUUGGUGGGCUACCAAAACCAUCAGAUUCAAAGGAUGGACAGACAAAAGUAGGAACUAGUGCAGUAGGUUCUACCAAGGAGGUUACAUCAAGCAAUGCAGGAUCUGGUGUUCAAGAAACUGGCACUAUUGAUACAGCUUUGAAGCAAGUCUCAUAUGGUAAUGUUAGUGAGCUGCCAAAACCAUCAAACUCAAAAGAUGGAUCUGAAAAUCUAGGAACUAGUGCAGCUUCCAAGGAGAUUUCAUCAGACAAUGUAGGAUCUGGUGUUCAAGAUACUGUCACUACUCAAUCUGCUUUGAAACAAGUCUCAGAAAGUAAUCUUGGUGAGCUACCAAAACCGUCAGAUUCAAAAGAUGGAUCGGCAAAAGUAGGAACCAAUGAAGUGGGUUCUACCAAGGAGGUUGCAUCAAGCAGUGCAGGAUCUGGUGUUCAGGAUGCUAUAACUACUCAUACUUCUUCGAAACAAGUCUCAGAAGGUGAUCUUUGUGAGCUACCAAAACUGUCAGAUCAAAAAGUUGGAUCCCUGAAACAAAUCUCAGAAGGCAAUGUUGGUGGUGAGCUAUCAAAACCCCUGGAUUCAAAGGACGAAUCGACAAAAGUUGGAAGCAAUGCAGUGAGUUCUACCGAGGAGGUUGCUUCAACCAAUGCAGGAUCUGGUGUUCAAGAAACUAUCUCUAUUCAUACGGAUUUGAAGCAAGUCCCAGAAGGUAAUCUACGCGAGCUACCAAACCCAUCAAAUUCAAAGGAUGAAUUGACAAAAGUAGGGAUUAAUGCAGUGGGUUCUAGCAACGAGAUUGCAUUAAGAAAUACAGAAUCUGGUGUUCAAGAAACUAUCACUACUCAUACUGCUUUGAACCAAGUCUCAGAAAGUAAUGUGAGUGAGCUUCGAAAACCAUCAAGUUCAAAGGAUGCAUCUGCUGCAACAGUUGGGACUAAUGCAGUGGGUUCUACCAAGGACAUUGCAUCAAGCAAUACAGAAUCUGGUGUUCCUGAAAAUAUCACUAAUACUGCUUUGAAACAAGACUCAAAUGGUAAUGUUGGUGAGAUACCAAAACCAUCAGAUUCAAAGGAUGGAUCAACAAAAGUAGGAACCAGUGCAGUGGGCUCUACCAUGGAGACUGCAUCAAACAAUACAGGAUCCGGUGCUCAAGAAACAAUCACUACUGAUGCUGCUUUGAAGCAAGUGUCAGAAGGUAAUGUUAGCGAGGUGCCAAAAGUCCCAAAACCCUCAAAUUUAAAUGAUGGAUCAACAAAAGUAGGAACUAGUACUGCAGGUUCACCCAAGGAGAUUGGAUCAAGCAAUACAAAAUCUGGUGUUCCAGGUACUAUGACAAAUGUUGAUGAGCCGCCAAAACCAUCGGAUUUGAAGGAUGGAUCGACAAAAGUAGGAACUAUUGUAGUGGGUUCUACCAAGGACAUUGCAUCAAGCAAUACAGGAUCUGGUGUUCAAGAUACCAUCACUACUCAUACUGCUUUCAAGGAAGUUUCAAACGGUAACGCCGGUGAGCCGCCAAAACCAUCAGAUUCAAAGGAUGGAUCAACAAAAGAAGGAACCAAUGCAGUGGGUUCUACCAAGGAGAUUGCAUCAAGCAAUGUCUCCACUGAUACUGCUUUGAAGCAAGUCUCAGAUGGUAAUUGAGUUGCCCAAACCCCUCAAAUGUAAAGGACGAAUCCAUAAAAGUGGGAACUAAUGCAGUGAGCUCUACGAAGGAAACGAAUUAAACUUAGCCGUCUCCAAUUUCCAAAUUUUGUAAACAAAUUUCACUUCGAAAUCCCAGAAGCAUUAUAUGCCACAAAUCAUUUCAUUUCUCUCAGAAUAUACGGAUGAAUUUGAUGUAAAUAGUACUACAAGUCCAUUGUUUUCAUUCAUCAUAGAUUCGGAAGAUACUGGUUUGGUUAAGCAAUUCAAAGUUAUCAAAUUGCUUCAAAGUCAUUUUUGUUGUCUAGACAAA